UGCGCGGAAUCUCCUGAGUCAAACUGAGCGCAAGUCGUACCUCUCCCUUCUCCAUUCGGCGGCCGAUCAGUACGGACGUGAGAGUGUUGUUAGCUCGUGUAGUGUAUUUAAUUACUCGUUAAAACGCGAUUUAUAAUUGUGUUUUAAGUGUUUCAUAAAAAUAAUAAAAAUAAAAUAUAAUAAACUAUGGCCGAUCAGGAGAAUAAGGACUUCAGCGAAGAUAUUGCCGAUCAAAACUUCGAGCAGAACGGCGAAGCAGAGAACGGCGGCGGGGACGCCGCAGAAAAUGGCCAAGAAUCGCAAGAGGAAAGGUCAACCGGGGGUAAUCAGGAUUCUUUAAAUGAUAGGAAAUUAUUUGUGGGUGGAUUAAGCUGGGAAACUACAGAUAAGGAAUUAAGGGAUCACUUUGGUACAUAUGGUGAUAUUGAAAGCAUUAAUGUCAAAACAGAUCCUAAUACGGGACGGUCGCGGGGAUUCGCUUUUAUUGUUUUUGCAAAAGCUGAAUCGUUAGAUAAGAUUAUGGCAGCUGGUGAUCAUGUAAUUAAUAAUAAGAAAGUCGAUCCUAAAAAAGCAAAGGCUAGACAUGGUAAAAUUUUUGUUGGUGGUCUUUCGACGGAAUUGUCGGAUGAUGAUAUUAAAAAUUUCUUUUCUCAAUUUGGAACAAUUGUCGAAGUGGAAAUGCCAUUUGACAAGACAAAGAACCAAAAAGGAUUUUGCUUUAUUACUUUUGAAUCUGAACAAGUAGUAAAUGAAUUAUUGAAAACACCUAAGCAGACAAUCAAUGGUAAAGAAGUUGAUGUGAAAAAAGCAACACCAAAACCAGAUGGCAUGGGAGGUAUGCGUGGCGGUGCUGGUGGUCGAGGCGGCCGUGGCGGAAGAGGAGGUAGAGGACGUGGUUUUGGUGGUCAAGGUGGUUGGGGCCAAGGUGGAUACGGAGGAGGUUACGGCGGCGGUUACGGACAAGGCGGUUAUGGCGGUGGCUAUGAUGGAUACGGAGGAGGCUACGAUUAUUACGGCGGUGGGUACGGCGGCUAUGGUGGUUACGACUACAGUGGAUACGGAGGCUCAGGCUACGGCGGAAAGCAGAGGGGAGGUGGUCGUCAGAACCAAAGGCACCAACCCUAUUAAUGGAAAUCAUUCAUUGCGACCGCAAUGCAAUUCGCAUUGUAACCGCUGGUUUCCUAUCUCAUCACUCGUUAAAUCAUCAUUCCAUUAAACCACGUCACUUUCAGCAAGAUUUUCAACAACGCAGACUACUGCCGCAAAAUAAAAUGAAUCAUCAGGAGUCACGACAAAAACUGUAAUAGCUUCAUAUUUUGCGUCUAGCAAUACAUCUGUAUUAUGGAGACAACAAAAGCAAACAUAUAUACAUAUAUAUAUUAUAUAUAUAUAGGUACACAAUGCUUUCUUCCAUCUCUCGUUUACCCUUUUGUACAAAGUGAAAAAUACUUCAUAUUUCACAUUGGUCUCUUUCCUCAUUUCAUCUUAUUUAUCGCUAAUUUUUUACUGUUAGUACGUUACGUUGUUCAACGUAAGGUAAUUUGUAACAUAGUACGUUUGAAAAAUAUUAAUAUUAUAUGCUGACAAAUAUAAAUACAGCAUAAUGAUUAUUUCAAAUGUAUGGAUGAUUACAUCGAUGAUAUGCCUUACGAUGAGAUAUUGUAACGUAAUAUUUUUGUGCAAAUGGGAAAGCAAAAGAUGAUAGGAAAUAAUUUAAAUACAGAUAUAUUAGGAACAAUCAAGUUUCUCAUUCAUCGCUUGGGACUAUUAAGAAAUAACCUGUCCCUAUUUUUAACAUUAAGAUUAUUUUAAUUUGUCUAUAAACUAAACUUAAUAAGAGGAGAUCCACUAUAGAAGAGUAAGCAGGCAAUGUACUUUUUACACGGCUACGAUAAGACAAAAAUGAAAAGUACCGAGUUGUUUAUAAUGAUUGUGUGAGGUAUGAAAUAAGAGGUAAAAAGAUUAUUGCUUCCUUAUUGGUAAGAAGAAUAGGAUAAAAUAAAUUCAUUUUGUGUACAUAAUAUAUACCGCGUAUGUUUGUAUUUGUGUUAACCGAUCCUAAUAAUUUAAUUUUUGGAAAAUGAUAUGUACACAAUAUUUCAUUAAAAUAUAGUGAUAAACAUCUAUACAUUAGAUUUAAAUAAGACUGACACGAGGAUUUAGUGAAUUUGUAUUACAAACAAUAUUUUGCUGAUUCUACCACAGUACAUGCAUCGAGCUAGGUAUUCUUUCAGUUUUUAUUCUACACUCAAGAACAACACAUGUACAUUAUAUUUAUAUAUCGAUAGUUUCAUUCUAGGCAAAGAACAUCGUAAUAAGAUUUUUAAACUAAAAGAAAAUAUUGUAUUUUUCUCAAAUUCAACACUGUUCUAUGUCACAAAAGUAUUACAUUAAAAAAAUUAGACAAAAAAUA